AUGACGCCCAAGGAGUGGUUCGCAUUGCUCCUGUUCUACGCGGCGUACCUGUUCCUGGGUGCGAGCGUGUUCUAUCAUGUCGAGAACGACCUGGAAACGGAGCGGCGCGCCGAGGAGCUCGCAGAGCGGAUCGAAAUUAACGAAAUGCUUGUCAGAUACCUAUCGCCCGACGAUAUAGUGUUACAGGGCAAGCUUAUAGGCCGUUUGGAUGAGUACUGUGGCAAUCGAGUGACGAACUAUACCGAGGAUGCCUUCGUACCGCCGUACGUGUGGGAUUUUUAUCAUUCGUUUUAUUUCGCAUUCAUCGUUUGCUCAACCGUGGGCUACGGAAACAUCUCACCGCACAACACAUUCGGCCGAAUAUUUAUGAUAUUCUAUGCCCUCAUCGGGCUGCCGGUGAACGGAUUCUUUUUCGCAUACGUCGGCGAAUUCUGGGCCCGUGGGUUCGUCCGACUUUACCGGAGGUACAAGGCGUACAAGCUGUCGGCCAACGCGGGGUACGCUCCGAAGCGGAUCAGUUUCAUCGGGCAGAUCAUCCUGUACCUCAUACCCGGCGUGAUCGUGUUCAUCUUCGCACCGGCGUGCGUGUUCACGUACUUCGAAAAGUGGCCGUAUGAUGUAUCGGUGUACUACGCCUUCGUCACGCUUACGACGAUCGGGUUCGGUGACUAUGCAUCCACCUUCCAGGCGUCCCAGGAGUACGAGUUCGGGUCGCUGUUUACCGUCUACAAGAUAUUCGUCAUCCUGUGGUUCUUCGCCGGUAUAGGCUACAUUUUCAUGAUACUAGGAUUUAUCGCCAAAGGCAUUUCGCACAAAAAGAUACAAAAUUUGGAAAAACUGGUAGCGAGCAACCUGAAGGAAACGCAGCAUCGAGUGUGGAGCGGUGUUACCAAAGAUAUUAGUUACCUACGCAAGAUUCUGAACGAGGUGUAUAUGCUGAAGUUCAAGCCCGUCUACGAUGAGCCCGCGGACCGGUGGCUAGGCACCUCGAAGAGUCGGUCCAGCUCUUGCCCGGAGCUGUCGGUGUACAGGGCACCACAGACGCCGACCACUCGUCGUAAGCGCGCCAACUCGGAGAGUGCACUGACGCAGGCAGAAUCGCGUUCCGCGAUCGACGGCGGACAAUUCCUGCGACGCCUGUCCGACACCGACCUUCAGCGCAUCAAUCGAGAGAAGACGUUCGGUGUACAGGCGCUGGUGCAGCCGGCCGAGCUGUUGGCACGGGUCGUGACGGCACUCGGGAACAUCACGGCCAAUCCGGACGACAACCAGAGCAUCCUCGAACGUGCAUCGCUGACGGCCGGCGUGAACUGCUUCUCGGACUCACAGAUUUUGGCAAGCGAGCGAACCUGGUCCGGCUGGUCGAUGAAUGGUUCGGACAAGAGUGCGUACCUAACAGCUCCACCUAUGCGACCACGAGCUGCCUCGGACAUUGGACUACCGCCGCACGUUGGACCACAGGAUGCCAACGAGUGGACGUGGAGUGGUGGAGACGACAGUCAAAUCCAGCAGAUCCUGCAGAUUCGCCAGAAGGUCAAGCAGAAAGAUAAUCUCCUAAGGGCAGCCCUUUCGAACAACGCCACGUUCGAUUCGAGUCUCACGAUCAAUGUGCCACCGACGGUUCCGGAAGGUAAAGCAGAUGCAGUGAACCGGGGUGUACUUCACCGAUUGAAUCCGUUCCGAAAGCGUGCCAACAGCAAGACACCUGCAUCGGACGUGGAGUCUGGCCCGCCGGGUCUAGAUUCGUAUCUCACCGGCACCAGCAAGGGUCGCAGUUCGAUGUUUAACCUUCCGACCUCAUCCUACCUGACGGCGACAUCGCGUGGCCGAGGCAGCAUCCUAUCCAUGCCUCCGCAGGACGAGCAUCUGCUGGAGACUACCACGAUUGGCGAUCUGUUGCGCGCGCUGGAACUGAUGCACACGGAAACGGUGACAUCCAACGGCAAUCAUCGGGGGAGUUUCGCAUUCGGCGAUGGGUCAGCGGGUCGCGGUCGCUGUAACACGCAGACCACUUCAUCAGGCAAGCAGACGUCCGGCGUACCGUCGCUGCUGACACUCUUUACGCCACCCAUCGAGCCCGGUUCGCGCAGGGGCUCGAUGAAGCCUCCGCUGGGUCGCACCGGAAGUGGCGACUCAGGACCGAUGGGAAGACGGCCAUCGUUCCGUCCGGCCAAUCCACCGUCCUACACCGCCACCGUGUCCGGGUCGCCUGCCGGCGGUGGUAGUCCUACGCUGGGUCUCGUUAGCUCCCCGAAACCCAUCCGCAGACGCUUCAGCGUCCGUCCGUCCAACCUAGCUUACCCACCGGGCCAUUGUCCACGCCCGGGAGUGCCCGGCACGGAGCAGCUCGGUGCACCACACCUCAACUCUUCGUCCCAGUCGCUGCAUAAUCUUCCGACGACGACACUGCAGAGGAGGCUUUCGGCACGUCCGAGUCCGCUAGCCACCAACCAGUCGCAGUCCGCCCAUCUAUCGGUGCCCUCGGCCCUGGCGGUCAGUGCUGGCGGAACGGGUCAAUACCGCUGGAGACCAUCGCUGACUCGCUCCGACUCGGACCAAUCGGCCGCACCGGGUGGGCUUCAGCCGACCGUCGGCAGUCCACGCAGUCGCCACAGUAGCCUGUCGAAUCUGUUCGAUCAGAAACGCGAUCACAAACCCUCAGGUGGAGGCUUGUGAUGUGCUCGUAUUAGCCGUACAUAGUAGCUGUAGGAUGUUCUUGCCAGUUUUAGCGAAACUAGCGGCCAGCAUGAAGGAAACGUAUCAGUAUUGUUUUUAACGUCGCCUUAUUGUGACGCUUAGGGGAAGGGAGAGCUAUUUAUGAAACCAUUUGAUGCCAUUCCAACCAGUCAAUUUUAUGAGGUAGCAAGGGCCUGUAGAUCUGCGAUAUUAAGUGAGGUGUUCGCGGAGAAUGAUAUGUUUGCGAAAAGGGGAAAUGAUGGAUAGUUUCGAAAACAAAACAAAGACAGAAACAAAAGCAAACCAAUAGUUUUAAACGGUUACAUAUCAUUUCGACAUAGAAAAGAGAAAGAAAAAUAAA